AUGGAGAACGAUAACUAUGAUGUGGAAGAACAGGGGUGCAGUGUCUUCAAUGGCAAACAUGGCUAUUUUGCCAGGUCGUGUUGUGUGGUCUUUGUACUGAUUAUCUGUUUAAUAUUCGUCUUAUCAGUCAUUUUCACUUUCAUGCAAAGACCCGUCGAUCUAAGCUCAACAAAAAGUGCAAUCAACUCAACCGGUAACUAUUCUUUAGUGGAGGAGACCUCUGCAAAACCAAGAUUCCAAUCCUUAUUAACUAACACACGGAGGUUCACCUAUGACCAACUGUUUUCUGGAAAACAGUUUCUGAUAGACUUUUAUGACUACAUUUGGCUACCUGAUGGCUCAUUUGUCCAUAUUAAAACCGAUGAAGUUUUGCCUAAGCCAAAGGUAGAGAAAAUCCCGCUUGGAUCUUUUGAAUCUCACCCAUUUAUAAACGACAAUGAAUACAUCAAAAGUUUGUCGUCAGAUAUGGAAUAUGCAUUUGGAUCGCAGAAAGUUAAUGAUAUAUGGAGACACUCUGCAGAAUAUCUCUAUCAUAUUGUAAAAAUGACAAAUGGAUCUGCUUCAACGGAGCGCUGGCAUGUGGGACCAGAGGAGAACUCAUUGAUCCAGGCAUUUUACUGGAAUCCAAACGCUUCUAGUCAUGAUUUCGUCUAUGUGCAUAACUACAACUUAUAUUAUCAAAAGGACCCUGAAAAGCCAGAAGGUGCGAUUCAGUUGACAGUUGGAGGAUCUUCAUUUAAUAGAUUUGGUUUUGCCAAUUGGUUGUAUGAGGAAGAGAUAUUGGAAGCGUCCACAGCGGUUUGGUGGUCACCUUCAGGAAGAUAUGUGUCUUAUUUAAGAUUCGAUGACCGUGAAGUCAAUCGAGUUUUCCUUCCCAAAUACAACGAUGAGGAUAGCUACGUUGAAUAUUUCGAGCUACCGUAUCCAAAGGCAGGAGUUGCAAAUAAUACUCUUGUCACUCAAUACAUUUGGGAUAGUGAAAACCAUAAGAUUGUAGAAACGGCACCACCGAAUGAGUUGUCUGGUGCUAAUGGUAAUUACUAUGUCCUUACUAAUAAAUGGAUCACAAUGCCAAGUAACGCCAGUGAUUUGGGACAAGAAAGACUGAUUACGGUAUGGACGAAUCGUGACCAGAAUCAUGUUUACUUCUCGUUGUGCAAUGAGCAGGAUUGUGUUAUGAUUUUGUCCUUCGCGUACCAAAUCGACAAUAGGAAACUAUGGGUCCAUCCCAAAGACGUUCGUGGAAUAUUCCCCACUGAAACUGGAUUCUUGACACUUCUUCCCCACAAAUAUGAAGAUGGAAACAUUUAUAAUCAUGUUGCACACAUUGAACUGGAUAAGACCGGCAGCGGGAAGAUAUCGAAAUGGAUUGGAGAGAAUUUUGAUGUGAUGGCAAUUCUGGGAUAUUCCAGGAGGAUUGAUGCACUGACAUUCAGUGCAUACGGCGAUGGUAUCGGAGAGCAUGGCACCUAUAUUGUGAAGGAAGCGUUGUAUGGGAAUGAGAAGAACAAACUCAAUAAAGUGGCCGAUCAGUUUGAAGACUGUAAAACAAUGGGAUAUCAAUCAGCGGAUCCAACCGGGGAACGGAUUGUGGUUCAGUGUGAAAAACCGUUUGAAAACACGAGAUUGUAUCUUGUGGAUGUGGCGGACACUUCGAAAAAAGUAAUGUUGGGUGGAUCUACCAAGGCUUACAUUCCAUUUGACGUGCCACUUUUAAAGUUUGGAAAAUUCAAAUUACCCUCUGGGAUUGAUGGGCACUACAUGCUGAUGAAGCCUCCAAACCUAAAGGACGGUUUGAAAAUUCCACUUUUACUCGAUAUAUACGGUGGUCCUGAUAGCAAACAAGUCAUGCAAAAGACUCCAACGGCACAUGCUAUCCAGAUAGUGUCCCAGUAUGAUGUUGCUUAUGCCAGAAUUGAUGUUCGUGGUACUGCAGGAAGAGGAUGGAAUGUGAAAGAGCAAGUGUAUAGGAAUCUGGGUGAAGCAGAGACAGUUGAUACCUUGGAUAUGCUCAGAGAGUUUUUGAAUAAUGUGAAGUAUAUUGAUGAGGAUCGGAUUGCUAUAAUGGGAUGGUCAUACGGUGGAUUCUUAACAGCGAAAAUUGCAGUGAAAGAUCAAGGGGAUCUUGUGAAGUGUGCGAUUUCUAUUGCACCAGUUACUGAUUUUAAGUAUUAUGAUUCGGCUUACACUGAAAGAUAUCUCGGCCAACCAUCGGAUAAUCCGUCCGGCUACAUGAACACCAACGUGAUCCCUCAUGCUCGAAACAUGACCAAUGUCAACUAUUUCUUGGCGCAUGGAGAGAAAGAUGACAACGUACACUAUCAAAACAGCGCCCGUUGGUCAGAAGCACUUCAAUUUAACGGAGUGCAUUUUACACAGCUGGUCUAUGCAAACGAGAAUCACAGUCUGAGUCAUAAGCUGCAUCAUCUGUAUGCUGAAAUACAAAGGUUCUUGAUGAACGAAUGUUUCAGAUCCACCAUAGAUUUGCUGUGA